UUCUUCGGCGGACAGCCGACCUGGGGAUGAUUUCCUACGACGCUACUCCGACGUGUGAUGUAUACGACAGCAGCGCAUCGGAGUCGUGUUCGGGCUCUGAGGACGAGCAGGCGGCCAUGUCCGAGGACGAAGACGGCGCCUUUGACGAGACGGGGCGGAUCGGCAACACCGACUGGUGCCAGUGCGGAUGUUGCGCGCAGAUGCCGACAGCUGACGAGUGCGUCUGCUGCCGCGAGUACCCCGCCGCCGCGUCGAGGCAACCUGGCUGCCUAACAAGCAACCCGGAUUUCGAGACGGUGUGCUUGAAUCCGGGGGUGCUCGAGGUCGCCUACCUCAUGAUGCGCCACUACCGCCAGGACGGAAUGGGCACAACAGCGCACGAGCGCAACCGCUACGCCGCCUACCGGCAGUGCGUCCUGUGGCUGUGGCGGCGCCUUGGCCAGCACAACAGGCGACCACUGCCAUCCUGUGUGGUGAAGGCCAUCAGGGGCCGGUUUUCCGACACUUUGUAUUCUGGCUUUCGGCACAGUCACUGA